UAUAUAUAUAUAUAUAUAAUUUUUUUUACCGCAACGACUGUUGGGACAGUAUCAUAGGCGUCGUCAAUUUCUUCCCGAAACUCCUAGCUGUUUCCAUUUCAAGAAUUCAAACACAUUUGGAAGAGCUGCAGAUUCCCUCCUUGUGAGAUAUUGUUAUUUCUUUAAAACGAUCAGACCCAAUUGACAUCCAAUGGUAAGAGCUGCCUGGAUAGAUCUUCGCUAUGGAUGAACCUUGGAAAGGGGCGAUCAAUUCUAUUUGACUGCUCUAUAACGUCAGGCCAAUGUGGAGAGCCCCCAGAGACAACCGGGACCCACAGCCCCUCCCAUCCCUGUACUGAAUCCCCAGUGCAGAAUGAUCCAGGUUGGAGAAUGUCUAACACCCCUACUUCAGGAGUCAAACGGCUAUGCAUAAGAACAAUCGGACUAGCAAUCUGUUUUGAAAGGAUUUUCUCUGGAUUCAAAAUACUUCCUAGCCAGUGACUUAAAAUAAAAAUACAUUUUUUGUGACAUUUCAGACUUUUCCAAGUGGUGGACAAGGUAACAUUACCUUCCUAUCGAGCUGUGGAGAGGUGGCAGUAGUCGCCCAUGUGUAGCAGGAAAAUAGCUGCUGAUAGCGGAAUAACGUAGCCUCAGAUUGUCGGGGUUCGUGUCUUGACUGGGCGAGGGAUCCCACCGCUACCAGCAACGAGCCCCAGUCUGCCUCACCGAGUCACUCCACUCCCGUCCAAAGGCAGACACACUAUCAAAUGGCAUGGGCCAAGUUCUUCAGAAAGCCGGGGGGCAAUCUUGCCAAAUCCUACCAGCCGGGGAGCAUGCUGUCUCUAGCCCCCACAAAAGGCCUGCUGAACGAGCCGGGGCAGAACAGCUGCUUUCUCAACAGUGCGGUGCAGGUGCUGUGGCAGCUGGACAUCUUCAGACGCAGUCUGAGGCAGCUUCCUGGGCACUUCUGUCUCGGAGACUCUUGCAUCUUCUGUGCGUUGAAGGGCAUCUUCUCCCAGUUCCAGCACAGUCGGGAGCGCGCUUUGCCGUCGGACAACCUGCGUCAUGCUCUGGCAGAGACCUUUAAGGACGAGCACCGCUUUCAGCUCGGCUUCAUGGACGAUGCUGCAGAGUGCUUCGAGAAUAUUCUGGAACGGAUCCACCUGCACAUUGUGCCUGAGGAGACAGAUGCCUGCACCUCCAAGUCCUGCAUCACACACCAGAAGUUUGCCAUGACACUCUACGAACAGUCUGUGUGCCGUAGCUGUGGGGCAUCCUCCGACCCCCUGCCCUUCACUGAGCUAGUGCAUUAUGUCUCCACCACUGCCCUCUGUCAACAGGUUUAUCAGAGGCGGGACGAGUCAUUUGGAGAGCUGCUGCAAGCGGCCAGCACCAUCGGGGAUUCCCGCAACUGUCCGAGUAACUGUGGCCAGAGGAUCAAGAUACGCCGAGUCCUCAUGAACUCCCCGGAGAUAGUCACCAUCGGCUUCGUGUGGGACUCAGACCAGUCAGACCUCACGGAGGACGUCAUUCGCUCGCUGGGGCCACACCUCAACCUCUCUGGGCUCUUCUACCGGGUGACAGACGAGCAUGCCAAAAAGGGAGAGCUUCAAUUGGUUGGGAUGAUCUGUUACUCCAGUCGCCACUAUUGUGCCUUCGCCUUCCACACCAAGUCCGCCAAAUGGGUGUUCUUCGACGACGCCACAGUCAAAGAGAUUGGGACCCGGUGGAAAGAUGUGGUCACCAAAUGCACCAAAGGCCACUUCCAACCCCUCCUCCUAUUCUACUCCAACCCAGAUGGCAGCGCCAUCUCCGUAGACGACACCUCGCGCCAGAACACUAACCACUCCUGCUACAAGUCCCCCGUCAAAGGAGACGUCCAAGCGCCCUCCUCUCCACUUCCGGGCCCCAAGAAACUGGACCUGACCAGGGAGAACCUGAAUGCCCUGCUGGGCCCCAGCAGCUUCAAACAGAAUAGCCAGACCCCUUCCACCUUUACCUGGGGCAGUGGCCAGACUGGUGGGGGCCGUGGACCAGUGAAGCUGGGCACCAGUGAUCCUAAGAGCCGUCUGAAGGACAUCUCCAGCGAGGUGGUCAUGAAGGCAGGGGAGGUCCGGGGAAUGCACCCCUCCAGGAGAGACCAGGACAAGACAGAGAGGAGGAGACAGGACGCCCGAUACCGAGAUCCAAUAUCAGAGAGAUACUCGCGCUCCGCCUCCCCGCCGGAGAAUGGCUUCAAGCAGUACCUGGAUACGCGCCUGUAUGCCAGCCAGGGCAAAGGGCCCACCAGGACAGAGAGGGCCCCCCACUUUGGCGGCAGGUGCUCCUCUCACGAGGGUCCUCCUCACUCCCAUUCCAGGGUCCAGGUACUACCAGACCUUCCCAGUGGCAGCGAGGGCUCCGGUGGCAGCCAUUACAGCCGGAGACUAGAGCAGCUUUCUAACGGCUACGACACGGACAGCAGCCAGGAAUCGCGGGAGCGCCCUGGGAGCCGGGAGGGCGGCCGGAACUCCAGCUCCAGCAGCAGUAGCAGCAGCAGGCCAAGUCGGCCAUGGAAGCCCAUGCGCGAGGUGCUAAACGUGGAUAGUGUGAUAAGCGGUAGUGGUGGAGGGAGUCAGGAGCACCGGCAGCACAGUCCCCACCGGAGACCCUCCAGCCAGGAGAUGGCACCACCCUCAAACGAAAGAGACAGGGAACAGGACCAGGACUUCACAUGGGGCGGGCGUGAGGAGCACAAGUCCAAGAGCCUGAUGACCAUCUACGAGGAUGAGCAGCGGCCCGAGACGGGCGACAGCCGCAGUUCACUGGAGUCAGAGGGCAAGGACAGGUCAAAGGUCAGCACGUUGAAGGUGCACAGCGACAACUGGAAGAUCCAGCGCACCGAGUCGGGAUACGAGAGCAGCGACCGGCUUAGCAACGGCUCGGCCAACCUGGACUCGCCCGUGGUGGAGAAUUUUACGUCCAAAGAGCUGAGGCCCAAACCUGAGGUACACCUGACAAGGGAUCCCUUCCCUCGCAGGAGAGGUGACGACUCCAAGACUGACAUCUUGCACUCCUCUUUCUCCUAUGAUGAACACCCAGCAAAGUUUCCAGACCUGCAAGACUCACAUCUCCUAAAAUUGAGUCCAAGUUCCCAAAGAAGAAGAGCCUUCCGAUAUACGCAUGGGAUUCUGGAGAGGACGGAAGGUCUGGAUGACGAGCAGGAGGAUAACAUCGAUGGCAGCCCCAGCCCGGUCAGCCCUAUCCCCCCAUACCUGCCCAAGACCAGCAGCUCAGAGUGGAACAGCUACGACGACCUCGCCGGCUCCUUCUCCGAACAGGUAGAGACCAAGGCCCUGGUAACCAAAGACCGCUCCCCCCAGCCCCACUACCACAUCCUGACCCCACUUCUCCCUCCCAAGACCAACGUCCACCGGUUGACAGACCAGUCGGGGUUCCGCGCUCCCCAGCUCCAGGAGCCCAUUUGCACAAGCGCCAGGAACGAGGCCAAAAACGGGCCGAUACUCUCCCAAACCAUCCUCCGCAGGUGGAUUGAGACGCCCGUCGAGCACAAGCUCUCAUCGGACGCUAGCUCCAAGUCAGGCUCGUCGGACCAGGACCGGAACGAUCUGUCGAACAGUGAGAGCGGAGAGGAGAAGGUUCCCAGUUCAAUGCCAGGGGACGACACGGACGACCUAGACUCCCCGGUGACAGGGGAGAUGGUUCUACCUAUGGGCCUCCCCACCACCUACUUCUCUGUGGACAAUUGUAUGACAGACACAUACCGGGCAAAAUACCACCAGAGGCCCGCCCUGCACAUGAUGACGAACGCUAAAGGUGGGGAACAACACAUGUCGUCUGGUGAGAGCGACCUGGGAGAGGGAGGCCUCCCCAUCCCAGAUUCCCAACCUACAGAGCCCCCCAAGAGCCAGCCUGAAUCAGGUUACUACUCCAGUAAAACUAUAGCUAAAUGGAAUCCUGUAACACCCAAAGGACUUGAUGAACAUGGGUUUCUAUGAUGGAAAUUCUACUGUUGAAGGGGCCUGGUACGAAAGCCACCGUUAAAGAAAAUGUAAUCUCCUUCUACAAUUUUUGAAUCCUCUUACGGUGAUGCUUAUUUGCUUGUAGAGAUGUCAUAUCAGAAGACAGACAUGAAUCUGGAAUGCCAAAGAGAUUGGUAACUCCCAGAGGCAGUAAAAGUCUGAAGAGUACUCUUCAGUUCAGCAGUAGUCUCAGGAGUCUUACGCCAUGCCUGCACACCGGUCUUCAUGUGAUUGGGAUUGUGGCCACUAGAUGGCAGCAGCAGUAAUUGUGGAUUUGCACAGUAGAAAGCCAAAAAUAAAUUACGAAAGAGGAUCCAAACCUAGGAUGGUUCUUGGUCGAUGCAGGGACCUGCUCGAACUUACUUCCAAGGUCAUUCACAGGUUGGCUCACUGAAGAAUGUUUCCCACGAAACCACUUUUCCCCUCCAGAGAUGAUCAAAUAAACUACAUGUAACAAUGACAAUAACUCAGCUCUAACCAAUUUACACUUUAGCCAGAAAAUCUAUGAAAUGCUUGUAUUUGUUUCUCGAAUUACAGUCAUUUCAUUGUUCUACAGUGACUGCGCAACCUCUGCCUAUGUAACAAUGUAACAAGGUGAGGUAAAUAUGCCUUGAGCAGGUUUUUUACUUUUAAUGUCCAGUGUUGAUGCAGUCAUGGAAUAAGGGAGAUUCAGUUUGUGUGCACUUAUGCAUUGUUUUUGUAGGAGCACUACUUUAAAAUAAGUCCCAAGGGUCCCCCUAUGUGGCCACAGAGGAACCUAAUCUUGGGUGAAUCUGUUCCAGUCCGAGGUUGAAUGAGUGUUUUAAAGGCCCAGUGCAGUCAAACAUGCUUUUCCUGUGUUUUAUACAGUAUAUAUUUCCACACAGAGGUUGUGAAAUUGUGAAAAUUAUUUUACAAUUUUUGUGUAAAAGCUGUUUGAAAAGACUGCCUGAAAUGUCAGCCUGUUGUGGUGAGACUGAGUUUUGACCUGCCUGUUGUGGUGAGACUGAGUUUUGACCUGCCUGUUGACAUCACCAGGAAGAAAUGAGUUGAUUGACCAGUUCAAAAGAGUUCCAAACAUCUGCCAAUAACAGCUAGUUUUCAGUUUCCCACUCAGCACUCCCAUAAGGUCCUAUCAAAAUUCUUGCUUGAGAAAUUGCUCUUUCCUAAGAAGCUAUUUAUUUAUUUUUGAACAUUUUAAUUGAAAACAAAUCACAGUAAGGUACUUAAUUGUGACCCACAAAUAAUUUUAUAGUGAGAUAAAAACAGCUACUUGUUAGGAGAGAAGCAUCUCAAGUCAUUGGUAUCUGGCGUAUGUUCUAAGCUGCCUUUUUAACCCUGCCAUCCCAGGGGUGUAUUCACUAGGAACCAAAUGGAUCAAAUGGGGAGUGACUAACCCGAACUUGUUCAAUAAGAAACACUCAUUUUUGUUAAAUGGUUUGCACUAACAAAUACACCCCUGACAAUUCACUGCUGUGUUUUGUAUGGCUUUCUAUCCCCAGUUCAGAUCGCCUCUCACACUCCUUUCCAGAUAUAAGCCUCAUUGUUCGCUCUUUUAAUGUUUCUCCUGUCACAUACUGGGCAGUGUGUUAAAGGUACGUUACUUUUCAUGUUGUCAAACCAUGCUUCUGUUUGUCUCCUGGGUCAAACACGUGUCAAAUUCAUUUAGAUGUUACUGUAGAAUGGAACCAAUUGAAUUUGUUCCAAAAGUCUAAACUCCAAGCUAAAUCCAACCCACCUCAAACUUGUAAGUAUUUGAAAUAUGAAUUUGACCCAGGUCUGUUUGAUUUACCAAAAACCUCAAGAAUGGAUUGAUUACUGGAUGUAAGGAUUUUAAGAGUGAGGUAAAUGAAGUAGAAAAUUCACGCUUUUCUGCAGGUAAUUGUUCUAGUUUGACCCAGCGAUUAUCACAACAUUGCCUACAUGCUAUGUCAUUUUUUUUCAUGGCGGACCAUUCUAGCUAGUGAUGCUGUAAGAAAGUCAUUUUUGUUGUAAAUGUUUUAAUAUAUUGCUCGGCAGACUUCACUGCACAGUGCCUUUCUAGUUUUCUAUGUCAAGUUGAAAUAGGAGCCGUCAUUUGUACAAUAUGUAAUUUUUCUAGAUGUUUUUUUAACAUUCAAUUUAAUUUUUGAUUAAUAAUUGUUUAAUAAAUAAUUAUAUUUAACCAUA